AUGCAGGGAAUGUCUGCUACGACGAUUUCCAAUAGUUACCCUCCACCACAAGAGAUCAGUUCAUCUCCAUCUAUCACUGUCCUUUUGACCGUCCUUCUCCUCGUCUUCUUCUUUUUUGGUUUCUUUACUAUUUACUUCUGCAAGUGUUUCAUGGAAAACGUCCUCACGUCUCUUCAGCGCACACCCUCCGGCCACCUUGUGCGGGUACCUGUUCCUCCCAAAGAAGGCCUCGACCACUCGCUAAUACAAUCAUUUCCCACCUUCAUUUACGCAAGUGUCAAAGAUUUUCGCAUAGAGAAGUAUGGUCUGGAAUGCGCAAUUUGCUUGGUGGAGUUUGAGGAUGAUAGCAUGCUACGUCUUUUAACAGCUUGUUGCCAUGUCUUCCACCAAGAAUGCAUCGACCUGUGGCUCGAGUCUCACAAAACAUGUCCCUUUUGCCGCGGAAACCUUGAAGUGUCGCCAAGUAUAAUGGACAAGUCUCCGGUGCUUGCUCAUGAAAAUGACAUCCACGAAAUCAAUGAAGGACGUGACUCUGUAUACGAUCACGACCAUAUACGAAUUGACAUUGAAGACGACGAAGAAGAAGAACGCCAAGAAGGGAAACGUAGUGAUCAUCUACUGAAUUUGGCUGAGGAUAUUGCUACUUCUAACAUGGAAAAUCAACAAAAUAAUGGACAAAAUGAAGAUAAUGAAAGGGAAAGAUUUUCGAGGUCACACUCGACAGGACACUCUAUAGUUAGGCCUAGACAAGAGGAGGAUAGGUAUACACUCAGAUUACCAGAGCAUGUGAAGAUAAAACUUCUUAGAGGGCACAAUCCGACCGGAAGUUGUACUACAUUUGGGGAGGUUUCACGCCAAAAUGGUAGUUGCAAAGGUGGUUUCGGAGAGGUCUCUGAAUCUAGCUCUAGAACUGGAGGAGAGAUUAGCAAACUGUAA